AUGUCUAGGUUGUGUGGUUGAUGCUACAACAGAAGAAACCGAAAACAUGAUUUCGGAAUCACUUGGCAGUUGCUGCCGUCGCGCGUUCUAAAAAUGAGUCGUCGCAGGUGUUAAUUUAACUGCAGACUGGUGUUUGUGAUUGUACAGCAUAUAUACAAAGAUACUUUUUUUAUAUUGUCGUUGAGAGACUUGCAGUUUUUGAUUUCUCUUUUUUUAUUUGUUCUUUGGACUGAUAACUUUUCUAAGUUUCCAGCAUCAUUAGGGUCGUCAUUGUAAUUGUUGCAUGGAAGUUUGGGUCGUCUGUUCGAAUUCAAGACAAUCCACUGAUUGUUCUCCUGUACCACAAUGUGAUCCAAUCCUAUGGCGUUGGAGUUCCAGUUAAAAUACAGUCGAUGCAUGAAUGCUAUUUACCUCGUGAGUCAUCUCCGAGACUCCAGUCACCUUUACUAAGAGAGACAUGAGAAAAAGAUGACGUUCCAUUUACCUGCUGUAGCAGUAGUUCUGGCCAUGGUUGCGAUCGUCUUGGUGCGUGGCCACGCCGAGCCCUGUCCCUUCAACCCCCUCUGCACUUGUUCCAACUCCCACCGGGAUGUCAGCUGUAUCGGUGUCCCUUUUGCCGAAGUUCCAGUCCUACCCCUCGAUGACGUCUUCCAACUCACUCUCCUCAAGGCAGGGGUGGAAGUAUUGCAUGACCACUCCUUUCAGAACACCCGCAUUUCUUCCUUGCGUAUGAUGCAGAACCAGCUGUCUCACAUUCACAGCAAGGCUUUCCAAGGCAGCGAGAGGGCUCUCACCACCGUCGACCUCAGCUUCAACCGUCUUCACAGACUGCCACUGGAGGCACUACAAAGACUUCACCACCUGCAGUGGCUGAGUUUGCAUUCCAAUGAUAUCGAUGACUGGCCUCCACUCCCUGCUAAACCGAAUCUCCGUAGCGUGUUCCUGGGGGACAACCGAAUUUCUCACUUAUCAGAUGGCGCCUUUUCCAGUCUCUACAACCUCACUUCUUUGGACCUAGACCAGAACUGCAUUGUGGAGGUGGACAGGCACGCAUUCCCUGCCUCCUUGCAGACGCUGUCCCUCUCCAACAACCUCAUGACACAGGUCCCAGUAGCAGCCUUGCACAAUCUCAAGAACCUAACGUGGUUGCAGCUUGGAGGAAAUCUUAUUGAGCAACUACCCAAACCAUUCCGACUUCCAGUCAAGCAAUUGCACAAGCUAGAUCUAAGCCAUAACCUCCUAACUAGACUUCCGUCUGCUUUCAUGAAUGACUCUGAAGUAACUAUAUCGAACCUCCAUCUCGAAUUCAACUACAUCAAGGACCUUUUUGAUUCGACUUUCAAAGGCCUUGUUUUGGAAAGACUGUCACUUUCGAAUAACAGACUCUCAAGCAUUCCAAAUGGCACCUUCAAUGGUCUGCAUGAAACUCUCAAGGCACUGGACCUAAGUCACAACUUGUUGGAAACCUUUCCAAAGGCUCUUAAAAAUCUAACGGCUCUGAGUCAUCUAUAUCUGAGGGGAAAUUUGAUUUCAGAGCUGGAUGCUUACGAUCUUCACGGAUGUCGCUACGACCUCGAAAUAUUAGACCUUUCAGGAAACAGACUAAAGAAGGUACCUAAAGAGGCUCUUCGCCUGACGCAGAGGAUAGCACGUCUUAGUUUGCAAGAUAAUUCCAUUUCUAACAUCGGUGAUGAUGACUUCAGUGUUUGGGGACAGUCACUGACUGCUAUUAAUCUUGGUAACAAUGAUCUGAAGCAUAUAUCGCCGAUGGCUUUCCAAGGGACCACGAAGUUGCGGGAGUUAAGGCUGUCAUAUAAUAACUUGUUGUCAUUUGACCCCAAAUUAUUCACAUCAAUAAAAUCGUCUUUAGAAGUCUUAGAAGUCGGAACUUUUAAUAUGCCGACUCUUGAUGUUCUUCAAGGCAUGGGAAAAGUGAAAUGGUUGCAAAUGGACCAUAAUAAGAUUGCUAAAUUAUCCACUUCAACAUUCGAAGGAAUGCCUUCUCUCAUACACUGUGAUCUAGAAGGGAACAAGCUACAAUCUCUGCCUAUGGGUCUGUUUCGGAACACCAUUCACAAUCGUCUAAAUAGCAUAAAUCUAGCCAAUAAUGAGAUAGAAAGAAUAGAAACAGAUACAUUUCAUAAGUUGCCGAUCAUCACAAACAUUGUGCUAUUCGGAAAUAAGAUUAAAAUUAUUCAUUCUUUGUCUUUUAGAGACAUGCCAAUUCUCAAUACUAUUAUUCUAGCUAGAAAUGAAAUAUUCCACAUCGAAAAGGCCGCUUUCUCAAAUCUCAAGAGUGUCACGAAUAUAUUCCUUCAAGACAAUAAUCUCACUGAGUUCUCCUUCGAUGGCUUCCAUAGAGUAGGUGACGAAAAGAAUCAUGUGUUUCUCGAUCUCUCGAAUAAUAAAAUAGAAAAAGUUUUAAAAGUCAACGGUUUCAAGAAUGAUGAUAUCUACAUAAAAGUGCGUAGUUUAGAUUUAAGCAAUAACCUGAUAUCUCAUAUGGACGGCAACUUUUUGCGACCAGUUGGUGGGACGCUUCACUACUUAUUCUUAUCAAGUAACCGCAUUCCUUUUCUUGACACUACUACAUUCUUGCAUGCACCGAACCUUCAGGUGCUACAUCUCGACGGCAACAGAUUGUCGAAUUUGCCAAAUGGCGUCUUCCAGAACUGCCUUAUGCUACAGAUCAUUCACAUUGGUCACAAUAAUUUGUCGACUGUAUUCGCUGGUGCUUUCCGUAAUCUCAGCUCACUUCGCAUCUUGGACCUCAGUUACAACAAUAUAAAGACUCUUCCAGAAGACGUGUUCUUAGGUACCAGUUUGGAGAGGUUGAAUUUAUCGAACAACAAUAUAUUCCAUGCGCCAACCCACAGCUUGGCUCACACUCGAUCCACCUUGAGGUAUCUGGACCUGUCUCAAAACAGGAUAUCCACCAUUCCAACCAAUGGGCUCAACCACCUUCACAAUCUUCUCAGUUUAAACUUGUCCUCCAACAAGUUGACCAGUUUGUCUGAAGAUACAUUUAACAAACUGGUGUAUCUUUUGUACUUGGAUUUAUCGCACAAUACGCUCUGGAGAUUGGACGAUGAACCUUUCAGAGCUCUGGUUUCCUUGCAAGUACUUUUAUUGCGAGAUACAAGUCUUCCCCAUGUACCAAACUUUCCACUACCAUCUCUGCGUAUUCUAGAUUUGUCACACAAUCUACUGUGCAACAUUUCCGAUGUCUCUUUUUCGAGUCUGAAAGAACUCAGGCAACUGGAUCUCUCUCACAACUGCUUGAGUGAAGUUCCAACUCAUGUAUGGCCCUCCAUAGCACGACUGAGCAAACUUGACAUUUCAUACAACCCCAUUCAAACGCUCUCCAUGAACACUUUUCGGAAACUUGAGAAACUCAGAGAACUUGAUUUACGUGGACUGGAUCUCAAGUAUCUGGAUGCAAGGAUUUUGCAUAGCUUGAGAUUCUUGACCACUUUCAAGACAAGUACCUACGUCAGUUUAAGAUCCUUCCGACUGCAGAACUUGUUGACCAAGUCGUGCAGUCUAAGGCGGGUGUUAGUAGAAGUCGAAGAGACCAACCUUUCUCACCAACUUCAGUGGACCUUUGGCUCCAAACUUCGUGAAUUGACCAUCACAGGCCGAAAUCUCCAGUAUGUCCUGCCAGACGCUUUUCAAGGACUGCAAACUCACGAGCUGGUCUUGCGUAUUACUGGCACCAGCAUCAGCAGAUUACCGAAAGGGCUUCUCAAAUAUCUAGCCGACAUUCGUUACCUCACUUUAGACGUCAGAGGAAACUUUUUGACCACUAUGGAUGAAGAAGUGUUAAGUCCAGCCAGUAAAUUUCGUGCAGAUGGCCUGACCACUCAACAUAUAUCAGGUGGUGUUCUCUUAGAAGAUAAUCCUUGGGUAUGCGGUUGCAGUUUGGUCUGGCUCGGUGGAUGGAUUCGUCGGUGGAUGAGAGAGACUCUGCGAGUGCAAAUGCUCCAUUUCGACGGAUUCAUCUAUGCCCAACAUCUCGCUCGUAGAACCGUCUGCACUAUGCCUGGCACCAACAUGACGGUACCCCUGGUUGAUCUCGAACCCAUGGAUUUCGGCUGCAAAAUGGAUUCCGAAAGCAAUGCAGCUGCGAACAAUCACUUACAAGAUUUCUGGUUGCUCAAAACUGCGAGUCUGUUGAUGACGGUUUGGUGUUAUUCUUAUUUCUACGUAGUGAAUACCUUCCUCUUUCACUACGAGCACAGGACAUCAUAGUGUAGUCUGUUAGAUAUUUAGAACUGAUUGAUACUCAAUAAAAACCCAUUCUGGAGGCAUCCAAAAUGUGAUCUGUGGUAAAUUUAUGUUAGAGAACACAAAUGGAACUAAACAUUAUGAUUCAUUUAACAACGAGAGAAGUGUUUCCGGCCUUGACUUCCAGACAGCAAAUGAUUCCAAAUUUUGAAAUGUACUCUUUUUUGUUCCAAAGCUGCUAACGUAUCUGCUGCUUCGUGACCUGAUGUCUUGUUGCCAAAUAGCAGAUAUAAUCUGUAAUCGUAGAGAAAGUGAUUUCUACAAAUAAGCUACUCGCUUAAGCAGAAGAAUUAACAAGCAUACAUAAACUCGUAUAGAUACUUUGGAACUUGAUAAAAGCAGUAUCUUACACGUUAAUGUUUCUUAAGCAAACGAUCCAAUUUUCUUUCACAAAAGCCAUUUGUGAAAUUUCUAUCUAUAACAUAUAAUGAUGUUCAGUAAUUGUGAUAUAUUCAGUAUUCAAAUUACUUUGAAGAUGCUUUUGUUAUUCCUCUAAAUAGAACAUAUCUACAGUAUUAAGUCAAAAGAUAUGCUAAUAAAUGAUAAAAAUAUUGAAUGUAAAAAUGUUUAGAAUGAAGAUAUGAUCGUUGGAAUUGUUUAUAUUUUCUGUUUUACAUAAUAUUAUUUAUCAACAAAUGCCGUUAAAUGCAAUAAACUGUCAGAUACAUUAUAAGCAUAUAUGGGAUUUUCAUUCUACGUUAUACUUUUUUUUGUAACUUACAUAUGGUUAACAAUGAAAUACAUUUUAUCUGUAACUCAAAAAUUGAGAAAGAUUUCUCAAUAGAAAAAUAAUAGGGAAACUUCUAAAAUAAAUGUAAAUCUGAGUGAAGAUGAAAAGUAUUUAAAAUGCUCAGAGUAAAAGCAAAGUUUAGAAUUCCAUUAUUAUGUGAAAAUGAAAGAUAAUGAAUAAUUUAUGAUAAAAUGAAAGAAUAGAAUGUUUGUUGUCU